UUUCACCCUUUAUUUUCCUUUUUACCCCUUUUCUUUUCUUUUCUUUUCUUAUUUUUUUGGACUCCCCCUCCACUUCUUCUUCCCUCCUCCCACACUUCGCCGCCCUUCGCCUCCUUCGCCCCCGCCUCUCCUUUCACCCUCCUCCUCUACGCUUUUACUUUUCUCCAUUCCUUUCCUCUCCUUCUGCACCAUUUUUUCCUUUCAUUUAAUGCCUUCAAACAAAACGUAGAGUGUGAUGAUUUUCCCUUUUUCAGGAUCCUGGUGUUUUGUUAUUUACAGGUAUCCACGAUUUCCCUUCUGUCAUUUUUGUCUCUCCUCUACUGAACUUUCUGCUCCAUUUUCAUCUUGUACGUACUCUCCAUCUUUUCCUUUUUUCUGUUUCACUUUUUCUCUCUUUCUCUCCCUCUCGCAUGCCUUUUCAUUUCUCUCUAUUCUUUUCCCUUUUACUCUCUUUCCUUCUUCUUCUACCCUAACUGUCACUUCUCUUGCACCAUAACACGCUUCGUUUUUUUUCUUUUUUCUUCUCUUCCAUUUCUUUGUAUUCCCUCUUUUUCUUACACGGUUUCUGCGUUGUCGUUUCAUUAAUUUCGCCUACACCUACUGGUGGGGGUAACUACUAACUAUAGCUCUGAUUCUGACCAUUUUUCAGCCUCUGCGACUCUUUAUGGCGAUGCUUCUUCCUUUAAACUCAAUCGACUUCUCUCUGUUCUUUAGUUUCUGAAGUUUCUUCUCUCUUAUCAAGGAUCGGUUGCCUCUUCCGAUUCCCAUUUCUUUCCUUUCACUGUACAACAGUUCUUUCCGGAGUUUACAGGAUUCUCUGUUAUAAAUGAUGAAAGAACUGUCUACUACUACUACUACUACUACUACUCGGCGUGUAUCGGUGAUUUUCGCUUUGGUUUUAUUCAUCUUCUUUUUCGUAUCUGCUAUUCUUACAGAUCCGAAUAUUAUGGAUUCCGGUCCACCAAGUUUUCUUCCGUUGGAUUUGAAUACCACAACAGUUGCUCCUCAUCGGAAGCUUCUUCUCACUAGGGAAGCAACAAUUGAGGAACCAACCAGAAUUUGGGGUGAAAAGUGUACAAAAUCAGACAUUGUGAUUAACCAAGGCCCCACUGCUCCACUUCCAACUGGUAUCCCCACCUACACCGUGGAAGUGGUGAACGCUUGUGUCACUGGAUGUGAGAUUUAUGGUAUUCAUUUCAAAUGCGGUUGGUUUAGCUCCGCUCACCUCAUCAAUCCUAGAGUCUUUAAGCGUCUACGUUAUGACGACUGUCUCGUGAACGACGGCAAACCUCUUGUCUAUGGCGGUACACUCUCAUUUCAAUAUGCAAACACUUAUCCUUACCCACUUUCAGUCUCCUCAGUUCUAUGCAUGUGAAAUGACACACCCACCAGACCAAUUAGGAGACGCUCAUAUGAAGCACUUGAAGCAGCAGCAGGUACUUUAGUCGAUUACUGAUUGACGAUGGCCGCCCCCACCUGCCUUUUCUUGUCCCUUCUUUUCUGUUUUUUUUUUUUUUUUUUUUUUUGGGUUCUGCUUUUGCUUUAUAUGUGUGUGGCCUGUUUGAUUGGUUGUUUUUCUUGAUAGAGAGGUUUGAUUUUUCGUGUCAACGUCUGUGGUUUAAUAAUGGUGAUUGCACCACCUUUGCAUACACAUAUGAUAGAUGGUGAGUUAGGGCAUGAAAUGACAGGAACCUACUUCAUUUUGAUUUUUUUUGUUUUCUUUUUGGGGUUGUGUGAGAUAGUCAUUGAGUGUAGAAAGGACAAGUGUAAAUAUACAGUUAUAUAGAAUCUGAUAGUACUGCGCUAGCUGGACAAUGUUCAUGAGAUCUAAAAUCCCCCAUCAUAUGCAGAAUAUCUGUCCAUUUGUUCGUAAGCUUACAAAUUAA